AUCACUGCCUCUGAUAGGAGGUUGGGAGCUGUGACUUCACAUCCUCCUGCCUUUUUGCUGGUGGCUGAUUGGGCAGGGGGCAAGUCCAAGCGUGGGCUCUGGGCUGUGUCUGAGAUUCACAACUCUUAGAGGUUGCUGUAAAUGCCAGUGAACUUAGUCACUGUCCACAGGCUUAGGCUGUGUGGCUCACAAAGGCUUUUCCCUAGUGUUCAUUUCAAUGACUUUUUGGGGGGUCUGUCUUUGAUACAAUGUGCACAAAUCUUUUUAGAUGCAUUAAAAGUAGUUUUAUUUCAUAAAACACUUUGGUCCAUGAUUUACAGUCUGAACAACUUUAGAAACCGCAACGUGAAACCUGUCCUCUCAGAAGAAUGUCUAACUCUAGGGAACUCAUAGGUGUGCAGGUGCUCUCUGUAGAGCUGUUGCCCCAUAUUGGUGCAAGUCAAAUCAGUAAGGAUCCUGUCUGGGUCAGAUGUUGUGGGCCCACAUGACUGCCGUGCAUCACCCAGUUGGGUGCUACACAUUGGUGGUGGAUGAGAUGGGAUACUCCAUCCCAAUGUAAUUUAGGGCUAUCAGCCCCCGGCACAAAAAUGUGGCCUCAUAAGCCUAUGGUAGUUCAGAUGGGCAAUGGAUGCUGGCAGCAGGACUUUCUUUCGGGGCCUUUGUGGCCCUCAAAGAGAAGGAAGUGUUUCAACUCACUGUCUGCCAAUGUGACUGGGACCUGCAGUACCCAUGCAAGAGUUUCACUGCUUUGAUUGGACACAGGUAUGGAGGAGUGCCUGAUGGGAAUGAGAGAAUCCUAUAGCCCAGCUCUGACCUGUGUCUAGGUGGGCAGAAGAACUGCAGCCCCCACGGUUUUCAGCAGGCCUCCAUACCUCAGAUUGGCUUCUCUUCUGUGUAGCGGUCAGUACUAUAACGUGGCAUGAAACAGACCCUGGUGUGCCUUCCAGGCAACCUUCUAAGGAAUCAUGAUCUUGUGAAGGUGGGGCUCGAAUUGCACACAGCGAAUCAAAUGAAGUUAUUUUUGGUUACCAGCAACGUUGAUUACCAGCCAGAGCAGGAGAUUCCAGUACUCCCAACCAAUCUGUGUAGCGCACAAAUGGUAAGGAUUCUUACCAGACGUUGUCGAUGAUGCACGGCUGGAAACAGGACCUCAGAGGCUCAGAAGAGCAGGGGUUGUGUUUCUAACUGUUGUUCAGUAAAUGAAGGACCUCUAAACUCCACUACAAGUCUUUUGACUGGGGGGUUGUGUAAGGAAUGCACAGUGACCUUUUUAAAGCUAUACCUUCUUUUGAAGUAUACCUGCAGUGUUUCACUUCCUGAAGUAUGAGGCUCUUCAGCUAUUGGCUGCCUGCUGGUCAGAUGACUGGACGUGUGGACCCUUUGGUCUCACCUGUUCGUGGGCAGGAUGGCGAUCUCUUUAUGCAGUCUCUGCCAUGUUUGUGCUUUGUGUUGACUUCUGUGCAUUACCCAGUGUUCACCACCAAGGCGGGAAAUGUCCAGACCAUCCCCUCCUUGACCAAACAGUUGAAGGCCAUCACUGGUGAGACUGUCAUUGGUCUUCAGUAUGUGUGGGAGUACCGCAGCCCCAGUAAGUCAGUCCCGCCCCAUUACCAGUGUAAACUCUGCAAGGUGAGCCGUCUGCAGACUGACAUGCUGGCUCACAUCAAGGGCUGGAAGCACUCCUUCAGAUACAUGAAGCAAAAUCAUUCUGCCAAGGUGCCCUUUGAGGAAGAUGCUGCCACAAAGGACCAUGAAGUGAGGAAGAAGGUGAAAAGAGCAGCAGCAGAGCUGGAGAAGGCAGAGGGCAGGGGACAGCUAAAGGUGAUUCUGAAGGAGCCCAGUGAGGUCCAAGCGUUUGCAGGACUACGUUCAGCAAUCCCCAACAUGGGGCCACCAGGAGGGAUGGGAGCUAGAGGACCAAAACCAGGUGGCAGGUUUGCAGAGCCUCUGUUCCCAGGGGAGUUCCCUCUCCAAGGCGGCCUCCUCAACUACCCCAUGGGUGGUAUGGGGGGCUACUCUGACCCCCUUUCUCGCUCCACUCCCUCUACAGCCUUCCAGAAAAGGGACAUGAGCUUCCGAGGCUACCCUGACAAUACAGGGGGGCAGAGGCUGGGGGUUUCAGCCGAUGGCUUUGGGCUGGGAAGGGACGGAGGCUUUGGCCAGGAGGGGCUGUUGGGGGAGAGUCCGGGAAGCCGCUACCCUGAUGAGUUCAGAGGGGGACAGAUGGGAAGUGGAUCAGGCCAAGGGUUGAUGGGAGCUGUACCUGAAACCAGCAGCCUUCCGUCCACACUGCUCAAAUACCUGGACAAUUUCCAGAUCGAGAACGAGGGUGAUGCUCAGAUCGUGCUGAAGGUGACACAGAAGCUGACGGAUGUCCUAAUGGACUACAGACUUAGGAGUGUUUCCUCGCAGGGUCCUAGUAUGAAGAGCGGUUCGUCGCUGGGCUCCAUGAGCUACUCCGAUUCUCCCAGAAUGGCUAGCGGUAGUGACCGCUUCUCAGGUGGCUUCUCUGGGAACCUUUCCGGCCCUUCCAGAUACUCUGAUGGUCCAUCCAGGUACUACAACUAACUGAUCCAUCCCCACGUGACAUCCAUCUUCCUGGGGUAACCCAUCCACCACCUCCGCCUCACCCCCAAGAUAUACCCUGAGUCCAUGGGGUCUGCAGCUGUCUGUCUAGCCACUGAAGAGGAUUUUUAUUUUAUAUAGUUAUAAUUUUCCUUCAAAGCAGAAACUCUGAUACAAUUGUGUACUUAUUAGUGCAGACUUUGUUUUUACAUAACUUAUUUUGACAUGAAUAGAUUGGACCAAAGUUUGACUUUUAGUUUUAAUUAUUGUCUGUAUUCAUAUGUGAUUUUGGCAUAUAUUUUACUGGGGUUUCUUGGAUGAAUCUUGUUUAAUGUUUAGAAAUUAAGUGUUAGAUAGAAAACAAGUGUAAUGUUUAGGGAAACAGAUGUUUGGUGGUAAAUGGGUUACUGAUGUACUGACUGCUGUUUGAGUUGGGCUUGUCAUCGCUGUUUUUCUCCACACCUGGCUUCACCUGCAGUAUCGUCUGAGACCAGCCACCCUGACAGCUGAUGAAACUGAGGAGUAUUUCUGUCUGUAUUAAAGCCCUUUUGUGGGGGGAAACUCAUUCUGAGUGGCUGGGCCUGAACGGAAUCCCAGGAUUUAUAGUGCAUUUGGAAAGUAUUCAGACACUGACUUUUUCCACAUUUUCUUACGUUAUAGCCGUAUUCUAAAAUGUAUUAAUUUACACACACACUACCCAAUAAG